CGAAGUUUAUUAGAUCGGACGGCGAUCCACCAAUGAAAUAGCUCCUCACAAUCUAAGAAAGAAAGAAGAGCACCAAAAAAAAAAAAAGGGGAAAAACCCAAAUUUUCUCUCUCUUCCCCUGUGUCUUUCUAGCUCUCUCCGUGUGUGUGUGUGUGAAAAAACACUCUUUGAUCGGUGGGAGCGAAAGCUGUUACAACCCAGGAACCCGAUUCGGCUGUUUGGUUCAAAUCAGUGAUUGAGUCCUCAAAAGCCCGUUUGUCAAUCUCCAAUGCGGUCUUAUAAAAGACCAGCAAGAAACAGAGUCUUGAGCGGAAAAACCCAGAGAAAUAGAUCUGUAUUCGGUCGGAGUCAUUGUGGGCGUAGGCUGGGAUCUGAUGGUGGGGAUUUUCGGACCAUUUGCGAAGGUGGGUGCAUCGAGUCCUGUCGAGUCUGGUAUUGGUAGGAGCGUAGUAGUGGCUUUUCGUGUGCUGGUGGGGCUGCACAGACGACGAUGCAGCUUCACUUCUCGCCUAGCAUGAGAAGCAUCACGAUCUCCAGCAGCAAUGGGUUUAUUGACUUGAUGAAGAUCAAGGUCGCAGCUCGCCACUUCUCCUAUCGGACCCUCUUCCACACCAUUCUGAUCCUCGCUUUCUUGUUGCCCUUUGUCUUCAUUCUCACUGCUGUUGUUACCCUUGAAGGUGUCAACAAGUGCUCCUCAUUUGAUUGUUUAGGCAGGCGUUUGGGACCAAGGUUUCUUGGCAGGGUUGAUGAUUCAGGGCAGAAACUGGUUAGAGAGUUUUACAACAUUCUUAACCAAGUGAACACUGAGGAAAUCCCACAUGGUCUAAAGCUACCAGAUUCAUUUAGUCGACUUGUUUCUGAAAUGAAGAACGACCAGUAUGAUGCAAGGACAUUUGCUUUCAUGUUAAGGGCAAUGAUGGAGAAAUUUGAAAGGGAGAUUAGGGAGUCUAAAUUUGCAGAGCUGAUGAACAAACACUUCGCAGCAAGUUCCAUUCCAAAAGGGAUCCACUGUCUCUCUCUUCGUUUGACUGAUGAAUAUUCCUCAAAUGCCCAUGCACGUAAACAAUUGCCUCCUCCAGAGUUUCUCCCUUUGCUUUCAGACAACUCUUAUCAUCACUUUAUCCUGUCAACAGAUAAUAUUUUGGCUGCUUCAGUUGUUGUUGCUUCUACCAUCCAGUCAUCGCUAAAACCUGAAAAAAUUGUCUUCCAUGUCAUCACUGACAAGAAAACGUAUGCGGGUAUGCACUCAUGGUUUGCGUUAAACCCUGUCUCCCCAGCUAUUGUUGAAGUGAAAGGCGUUCACCAGUUUGACUGGUUAACAAGAGAAAAUGUUCCUGUACUUGAAGCUGUAGAGAACCAAAAUGGGAUCCGGAAUUACUACCAUGGUAAUCAUCUUGCAGGGGCCAAUCUCAGUGACACAACUCCACGAACAUUUGCUUCAAAAUUGCAAGCUAGAAGUCCAAAGUAUAUAUCCUUACUCAACCAUCUCCGCAUAUAUAUACCGGAGCUCUUUCCAAACCUUCAAAAGGUGGUCUUUUUAGAUGAUGAUAUCGUGAUUCAGCGUGAUUUAUCUCCACUUUGGGAAAUUGACCUUGGGGGAAAGGUUAAUGGAGCUGUUGAAACUUGUAAAGGUGAAGAUGAGUGGGUAAUGUCUAAGCGUUUCAGGAACUACUUCAAUUUUUCCCAUCCCCUCGUAGCAAAGAAUUUGAACCCUGAUGAAUGCGCAUGGGCUUAUGGUAUGAAUAUAUUUGAUCUUCGUGCUUGGAGGAAGACAAAUAUAAGAGAAACAUACCAUUCUUGGCUGAGAGAGAAUCUGAAGUCAAACUUGACAAUGUGGAAGCUUGGAACCUUACCACCUGCUUUGAUUGCAUUUAAAGGUCAUGUUCACCCGAUUGACCCGUCGUGGCACAUGCUCGGCUUGGGCUAUCAGAAUAACACAAACAUUGAGAGUGUCAAAAGGGCUGCAGUCAUCCACUACAAUGGCCAAUCAAAACCGUGGUUGCAGAUUGGCUUCGAGCAUCUCCGACCAUUUUGGACCAAGUAUGUCAAUUAUUCCAAUGAUUUUAUAAGUAACUGCCACAUCUUGGAAUCAUAGUCUACCGACUAGCGGAGCUCUAAACACAGAGGGGCAGGAAAAGGCCCAAGUGAUACAGGUUUAAUAUAAGUCUUUUGUGGAUCGAAAUUCUUGUCAAGAUUUAUUGAGAAGACAAGCAGAAAAUUGGCCAGAAGGGCAAAUCUUUCAUGGUCCAGAUUGACUGUCAUCCCCGGUAUUGUUGCAUACAAGGACCGCCACCACUAGCACGGCAUGAGAUUCAUUCUUUCAAUCUGUAACAUAGCAAUCCGUCCUUUAUUUUUUGGUUGAGAAAAGGAUAACUAUAAUUGGUCUUCCAUCAGGGGAGUCUUGCCUGAUUUCUUAGAGCAUAAUAUGAAAUAAAGUGAAAAUAUCCAAAGAAGGUACUGAUGUUAAUUCCGUCAUCUUGAUUGGUGCAAGGAAGAGGAAGGCUAGGACAGAUCUUCUGUGAGGCUCCCCAAUUAGCCCAGGAUUGUUAAUUUCCCUUCUUCUUUCUUUUGACCUUUCUUGUUUUCAUUUUUGUUAGUACCCAUUUUUUACCCUUUCAUUUGAUAUCAUCAUGGUGAAUCUUAGGGUAGGUCAUGAGAUUGCUUUGUUACAGAUCCCAUUCAAAGGAAGAACUUUUUCUUAGGUUACAUAAUUGGUAUUUGUUUAUGUACGUUCACGAGAGACAUUGAAAUGUGCAGAAAAUUCUUUUUCCGAA